AACUUCCAUCCAGGCCAUCCAGUAAAGCCUCCUAAUGCUUCCAAGCUUGACAAGGACACCAGCUCCAGCAGUGAGUACUGAGUCAAGCUUGAAGGUCCCAAGCCCUUGGAAAAGCAGAGGGGAGAGGGACAUAUGCAAUUGAGAUGACAUCCACAAUGUUAAGAAAUCAUCACCAUGCAAUCAUCACAACAGGACUUCAUCCCCAUGCAGUCAUCACACAAGGACUCCCUUAGUAUGCAGUCUUCACAACAAGACUUCAUUGCCAUGCAGUCAUCACAACAGGACUUCAGCACCAUGCAGUCAUCACAAAAGGACUUCAUCACCAUGCAGUCAUCACAACAGGACUUCAUCACCAUGCAGUCAUCACAACAGGACUUCAUCACCAUGCAGUCAUCAUACAAAGACUCCAUUAUGAUGCAGUCAUCACAACAGGACUUCAUCACCAUGCAGUCAUCACAACAGGACUUCAUCACCAUGCAGUCAUCAUACAAAGACUCCAUUAUGAUGCAGUCAUCACAACAGGACUCCAUCACCAUGCAGUCAUCACAACAGGACUUCAUCACCAUGCAGUCAUCACAACAGAACUCAAUCACCAUGCAGUCAUUACAAUAGGACUCACUUUGCAGUCAUCACAGUAAGACUUGCAGUAUUCACAACAAGACUUGAUCACCACACUGCAUCACCAUAGGACUCCAUUACCAUGCUGGCAUCAGAACUGGACUCCAAUUACCAUGCACUUGUCACAAAAGGACUCCAACGCCAAUUCGUUAUCUUAACCUUACUUGAUCAACAUGCACUGAUCUUAAUAGAACUUUAUAAGAAGAUCUUUUUCAUAUAUCUCAAAUAUGCAGUUAUCAAGAUUGAAUAUACUUGCUUUUUUUU